AUGGCACCCGGUGAGAGGCGAUCAAAUCUCAGGUUGCUCAGGACGUCAUUGAUUAUGGACCAAGGCGAUACACGCACGACUCGCCAUGGAGACUGUCUCAGACUGUGUACUUACAACACGAGAACAGUUUCUACAGACGUUGAUCUGCAUGCCCUUCUCGGAGCUGCAGAACGCAUCAAAUUUCACGUGAUUGCUCUGCAGGAGACCAAGUGCAGAAGGAGCGACGUACGACAGAUGAAUGACGGUACACUCGUCAUUCGUGGAGAGAAGGUUCCGUCGCGAAAUGUAGGCGGUGUUGGUUUUGUUGUGCACCCUUCUGUCGUCCAUCUUGUCGAAUCUCACGAGGUCCUGUCACCUCGUCUGCCCAUUCUUCGCUUCCGCCAAAAACCUAUCAGUAUCAGCAAGUGCUACUCGCCAAUAUCAGCAGCUGAUGAUUCCGAAUUGGACGCGUUUUACGAGGAGCUGGAGGAAGUAAUUCGCAACGGGAAGCCCUAA